AUGAGGCCCCGUGGUGCAGCCGCGGUGUCCGUGGGGCUGUGGGUCCUGGUGACAGUGCACGUGGCAGCGGACCCCGCUGUGACUGAACCCAGGCGCUGCUUCCUCUCUCACUACCGCUGGUUGGACCCCAGGGCGCUGGAGGCGGUCAGGGCGCUGAGGGACCACUACGAGGAAGAGACGCGGAGCUGGAGGCCAUGGAACUGCUCCUUCCGCCCGCGGAGGGGCCCCCGGCUGCCCGGGUCGUGCGCGGGGCUCCGCCGGGUGGCCCGGGGCCUCUCGGACGCCCAGGCCGUGCUGAGCAGCCUGCCCAGCCCCGAGCUGUUUCCCGGCGUCGCCCCCACCCUGGAGCUGCUGGCGUCGGCGCGGAGGGACGUGGAGGCCUGCGUGAGUGUCCCCGCCGCGUGUCUGCGCCUCCGCCCACAGCCCGGCCGCCGCUCUCCUCUGUGCGCGGCGCCCACCCGUCCAGGCACAGUCCGCGUCCCGCUGGGGUCCGAGGGCGGGGCUGGGGCGCGUGGGCCGGGCGGUGGGAGACGGUCCCUGGGCUCCUUCGUUGACCUCCUGUGCCCCCUGCAGCUCCAGCUGGCGCGGCCAGGCUCCUCGAGGAAGUGCCCGAGGGCACCCAGGAGGCGUCCGCACCGGCGGAGAGGGGACUCGCCUGGGUGCCAUGAAGCCACCAUCGUCUUCAACCUCCUGCGCCUGCUCGCGUGGGACCUGAAGCUGGCGGCGCGCUCGGCGCCUUGCCUCUGA